CUCCGAACACUACUAUUUUGCUCAAGAAAUGGCACCGUUUGGUGAUCUCUGGCAGUCAGUCGAGAGAACAAACGGCGUCGGACUCAAUGAACGCGACGUGAAAAUUGUUGUCGAACAGAUUUGUUCUGCACUGGAGUUCAUGCACGACAAGGAAUUGGUUCACCGGGACGUCCGUGCUGAAAAUAUCUUAAUAUACUCUCCAAAUCUAACAAAAGUCAAAUUAACUGAUUUUGGUUUAACACGAAAAGUAGGCACUUUAGUGAAGAAGAGGGUGAAGUCAUUGCCGUCGUGUCCGCCGGAAGUGUGGGAAGCGGUGCUGUUAGAGGGCUAUAACAUACAGAUCGGGAGCGAUGUGUGGCAGUUGGCAAUGAUGGUCUACGUGUGUCUCACCACUCGCUUUCCAUGGGAUAAGGCAGACAUAACUGAUCCGAAAUUCACCGAAUUUGUUGAGUGGCAGAAACGCAAGACUACCCGAACUCCCAAAGAGUUCAGAGUAUUCUCUCCACGACUUCUGCGGCUUAUGAGACGACUGAUGGAGUUGAAGCCAAUGAAACGCUAUCCGGUCACUGAAGUGAACAAAUAUCUGAGGGAUCGAUGGCUCGUCCAUAAGUCUCAACGCGCCUCAUCAGUGCACUCACAUGUCUGUCCUAUUGUUGUCAAAGUAAUACUCUAUUCAUAAUAGAAUUUAUAUGAAAAUUAGG